GCAUCGUUACAAAGACGUAGCUAGCUAGCUGGCAUCCUAGGAUCUUGAUCACUCACGCAGCUUCAGGCCAGUCGGUCAUAACAGAUUUCGACGGCGUUUUGUUGGGGGUGAAUAGAAUGUCUGACGAAGGGAAGCUAUUUGUUGGUGGCCUCAGCUUUGACACCAAUGAGCAGUCAUUAGAGGAUGUCUUUUCUAAAUACGGGCAAAUAUCAGAAGUGGUUGUAAUUAAAGACCGAGAAACGCAGAGGUCUCGAGGAUUUGGCUUCGUUACGUUUGACAAUCCAGAUGAGGCCAAGGAUGCAAUGUUGGCCAUGAACGGCAAGUCCCUGGACGGCAGGCAAAUCCGUGUGGACCAGGCUGGCAAAUCUGGUGGCGGCGGGCGGUCAGGAGGCGGCGGUUUCCGCGGGGGCUCAUCCGGCGGUCGAGGCGGCGGUGGAGGUUACUUCCGUGGAGGCAGAGGUGGUGGUGGAAGAGGUGGGCGUGGCUUCUCGCGAGGUGGCAGUGAUCGAGGCUACAGCGGUGGCGGCGGCGGGGGACGCUACGACAGCAGAAGUGGAGGUGGAGGAUACUCCGACCGAGGCUAUUACAACAGAGACAGAGCGCAAGGAGGAGGAGGAUACGAUCGUUCUGGAGGUUCGUACAGAGACAGCUUCGAUAGCUAUGGUGACGAUGGUGGCUGGUAGAUGGGGCUCGGAGGACGUCCGGAUGUGUCGUCUGGGCACGGCCCCUCACCCCCGAUCCGGCGGCCCUAUCCCGAUGACCGCGGGCCCGGCCUGGGCCUCGAACCCAGCGCCGCCCCCACCCCCCCCCCCCCCCCGCUGCUCCGCAACACUUUAAAUAUCUUCUUCUGAAACCGACCAUGUAGACAAGAGCAGUCCUGGAUAAGUGCGGGGAGGGCUGGCUCACACCUCAAGAGUCAGCCAAACCGGUCCUGUUCCAAGUUUUUUUUAUUUUUGGUGAAGUUUUUUGGUCCUUUUUUUGAUUUUGAGUUAUUGAUCUGUAGAGAACAUUUUGAAUUUUAUUUACUGUUAGGGGAGCUGUGAAGAGAGGCUCGUGUGCUAUAGACUGUCGUCUCACUUUGGGGCCCUGUGGCCACAGGGGUACGAUCUAAAAGACUGGGGAAUGUAUCUAGAGGUAAAGGAAUGGUAGCGCUUAUGUAGUCGACGUUAUGCUCUGCAUUUAAGUAACAUGCUCGUUACGCUUAUUUAGGUUGAGUUUGACUGCUACGCCAGCACGUUGUGGUGAAGUCUAAAUGAAGGGAAACGUACACAGAGUCUGAUAACAUCAACAUCACGUUGCACUGUACUUUAGGAAGAGCUGAGGGAGAAAAACUUUCUAGGACUGGUUCAUAAAUAUGUAGUAGGUUCUGGAAGGUGACGAGGACUGGUUCACUUGUGAUAUGGAGUAUGGCCUGUUGCUUCACUGUCCAUUUACAGGUUCUCCACAAAGCUGUUUGGUUUCCUCCUUGAGAACUUUAUUUUUAUUUUUGCUUUAUCUGCCGCACAUAAAAAGAUCGAAAUGAGAUUUGAAGUCCAUAUCUCACUUAACAGUUCCAAAUACUACGCUCAAAAAAUGUGAAACUGGCCAGUUCUAUAAGAUGCAAACGUCUUAUCAAGAGCUAAUUUCAACAAACACGCCUUGGAGUAAAAUAGUUAUUUCACAAUACUGUUCUCGCCAUAACAUCAGAUUGGUUUUGUAUUUGAUUUUUUUUAAGCAUUCUGUAUCUUCAUGGUUGUAUUUUUCCUAAAUAAAAAAAGCCUUUCCAGA